AUUUGUUUCCUCUCAGUUCUCAGCUCAGUUAUUUCAGAUUUUCUCAUAACUUCCCAUUCAAUUUUUAUUCAAGUGAAAUAGUACCUACCUCAUCACUUCAACCCAUCAAGGACUGGUGUUGCCAUACGGCAACAGAAAUGAACAGUUUUCUGUUGCUCAAAUUUCUAUAGAUUUUUCAUUAAAAACAUAGAUGGCGGUAUUCACGCCAAUAGUUUGUUGCAGUGUCAGUUGAAAGAAUCGUGUGUUGUGUUUGUCUGUUCCCUCCAGUGAUUUCGUUAGGAAAUAUCAAGAAGACUUCUCAAAAAUGGAUAUCAAGUUUACCGAUGGGCUAACUCUCGAAGAAGCUCUUCAAAUUGCGUAUAAUGAUGAUUUAGAUGCCGACCAAAUUUACAUAGAGCCUCCGAAUGAGGGUGCGAUCACAGAUGAGGAUUCUGGUGGGGAGGAUGAAGGCGGACUCGUUGAUAACUCAUCUCGGAAUCAAUUGAAUGCUCCAGUUCAACUUGUUUUACAUGGUGAAGAUGAUGAAUUGGUUGAACCAGAAACGGAACAUGUAGAAAUC